UGAGAGUGGCCGGCACGUGUGCAGAAGGGAGGGAGGUUAGAGCCGGCAGCGCUAGUGUAGUUCUUCAGUCUGAUAUUAGCGGAGAUGCGGUACUACUUACUGUACUCCGGCACCGCGUAACUACACACUGGCCUGACAGCCCUGCGGGAGCACAAGGUCUCAUUGUACCCUGAGUGUGUGACUAUAUCGCUGAGAUAAGGACAGAGCAAACAGUGUGUAUGGGGAGUGAGGAGCAACCGCUUGUGAUGCCCAGACUGUAAGUGGCUUAAUAUUCGCGAUCCAUUGGGAUUAUUAGCGCACUAUUACCGCGUAUGUAACUUUGUUGGGUGUAAGCGCUACUGGCCCCUCGUUGCCCCUGGCUGUGCUGUUUUGCCCCGUGUCCUUCCCGGGGGAUCAUUGCCAGUAUGCCCUGAGGAGCACCAUGCAGAAGAGCGUGCGCCUGAACGAGGGACACGCUCUGUACCUGGCGCUACUGGCCCGCAAGGAGGGCUACAAGAGGGGCUUCCUCAGCAAGAAGGCGGCGGAGACCAGCAGGUGGCACGACAAGUGGUUUGCCCUGUUCCAGAAUGUCCUCUUCUACUUCGAGUCGGAGCAAAGCGGGAGACCCUCGGGGGUUUAUCUGCUGGAGGGCUGCAGCUGUGAGAGGGUCAUAGCACCCAUAGUGGCCAGCGGGGGCAAAGACACCAUGGAGAAGCAGCAUUACUUCACUGUUAACUUUGGCCACGAAGGGCAGAAACCUCUGGAGCUACGCUGUGAAGAGGAACCUGAACGAGAUGAAUGGGUGGAAGCCAUACACCAAGCGAGUUACUCUGAUGUCCUAAUAGAGAGAGAAGUAUUGAUGCAGAAGUACAUUCAUUUGGUGCAAAUUGUAGAAACUGAGAAAGUCGCUGCCAAUCAACUGCGACAACAGCUUGAAGAUCAAGAUACUGAAAUAGAAAGGCUUAAAUCAGAGAUUGUAGCCCUCAAUAAAACAAAGGAAAGAAUGCGUCCCUAUCAGAUGAAUCAAGAGGACGAGGACCCAGACAUUAAGAAGAUAAAAAAGGUUCAGAGUUUUAUGCGUGGAUGGCUUUGCAGGAGAAAAUGGAAAACAAUUGUACAGGACUAUAUCUGUUCUCCCCACGCUGAAAGCAUGAGAAAGCGGAAUCAGAUUGUUUUUAACAUGGUGGAAGCAGAGGCAGAAUAUGUGCACCAGCUUUAUAUACUUGUCAACUGCUUCCUCAGGCCCCUCAGAAUGGCAGCAAGCUCCAAGAAACCACCAAUAAGCCAUGAUGAUGUGAGCAGCAUCUUCCUAAACAGUGAAACCAUAAUGUUUCUUCAUGAAAUAUUCCACCAGGGAUUGAAAGCAAGAAUUAAUAAUUGGCCUACUUUGAUUUUAGCGGACUUAUUUGAUAUCCUGCUGCCAAUGUUGAACAUCUACCAAGAGUUUGUUCGGAACCAUCAAUAUAGUCUGCAAGUGCUGGCGAACUGUAAGCAAAACAGAGAUUUUGACAAACUCUUGAAGCAAUAUGAAACCAAUCCAGCUUGUGAAGGAAGAAUGCUUGAGACAUUUCUUACCUAUCCCAUGUUUCAGAUCCCUCGGUACAUUAUAACACUCCAUGAACUUCUGGCCCACACACCUCAUGAGCAUGUAGAGAGAAAAAGCUUAGACUUUGCACAAUCAAAGCUGGAAGAGCUUUCAAGGGUUAUGCAUGAUGAAGUCAGCGACACAGAGAACAUCCGCAAGAACCUCUCUAUUGAGAGAAUGAUUGUUGAAGGUUGUGAUAUUUUAUUGGAUACAAGCCAGACAUUUGUGCGCCAAGGUACUCUAAUUCAAGUUCCUUCUGUGGAGAGGGGGAAACUCAGUAAAGUCCGCCUGGGCCCAUUGUCUUUGAAAAGAGAAGGGGAGAGGCAGUGCUUUUUAUUCACAAAGCAUUUUUUAAUUUGCACUAGAAGCUCAGGGGGGAAACUGCAUUUACUCAAGACAGGGGGAGUUCUGUCCUUGAUAGAAUGCACAUUGAUUGAAGAACCAGACCUGAGUGAAGAUGACUCAAAGGGGACAGGAUAUGUUUUUGGACAUUUGGAUUUCAAGAUUGUUGUAGAACCAGUGGAUUCCCAUCCAUUUACUGUGGUCCUUCUUGCGCCUUCUCGUCAAGAAAAAGCUGCUUGGACAAGUGAUAUCAGCCAGUGCAUAGAAAACAUAAGGUGCAAUGGCUUGAUGAGUAAUGUAUUCGAGGAGAACUCCAAAGUUACAGUCCCACACAUGAUUAGAUCAGAUGCCCGAUUACAUAAAGAUGAUGUGGAUAUCUGCUUUAGCAGAACACUGAACUCAUGCAAGGUCCCUCAGAUCCGCUAUGCAAGUGUGGAACGCCUUUUGGAGAGAUUAACCGACUUGCGCUUCCUUAGCAUUGAUUUUCUCAACACUUUCCUACACACCUAUCGUAUAUUUACUACUGCAUUUGUGGUGCUGGAGAAGCUAGCUGAUAUAUACAAAAAGCCCUUCACUUCAAUUCCUGUAAGAUUCCUGGAGCUGUUUUUUGCUACAAGCCAAAACCUCAGUGAUGGGAAGUCCCCACAUCUGUGCCGCAAGUUCUCUUCACCACCUCCCUUGUCACUUUCAAGAACCUCUUCUCCAAUCAGAGCCAGGAAACUAUCACUUAAUUCUCCACUGAACUCAAGAAUUGGAGCUUUGGAUUUAUCCACUUCAUCUAGUGCAAGCAGUCCUACCUCUGUAUUCAGCCCUGCCACUUCUCCACCUCCCACAACUGCUAAAGUACCUCUUGAUCUUAGUAAAGGACUCUCCUCUCCAGAACAAAGUCCUGGAUCCAUUGAUGAGAAUUCUGAAAACCCGCGCAUUGAUUUGUGUAACAAAUUGAGAAGAAGUAUUCGAAGAGCUGCGGUUUUAGAAUCUGUUUCACUGGAUAGAACAAUUCCUGAGAGCAGCCAGUCUACAGAUACAGGUGAAAAUUCUCCAUGUAGGUCCCCCUCAACUCCUCGACAUCUCCGAUACCGCCCAACAGGAGUGCAGGCAUCUGACAACCAACGUGGCUGUUCUGUCUCACCAGCCUCUGCCUUUGCCAUUGCUACAGCUGGAGCUGGUCAUGGAAGUCCCCCAGGCUUUAACAACAUGGAAAGAAUGUGCGACAAAGAGUUUAUAAUCCGCAGGGCUGCAACAAACCGAGUAUUGAAUGUUCUUCGUCACUGGGUCUCUAAGCACGCACAGGAUUUUGAGUUAAACCAUGAAAUAAAAAUGAAUGUUGUGAACGUGUUGGAAGACGUUCUACGUGACCCUGACCUGCUACCCCAAGAGAGAAAAGCAGCUACUAACAUAUUAAGUGUCCUAUCUCUGGAUGAACAAGAUGACUGCCACCUGGUCCUUGAGGACAUUAUAAAUAUGUCAGAGAGUCCCAGCUCAGAGUGCCUGGAAACCCUGUCUGCUAUGGAACUGGCGGAGCAGAUAACCCUAUUAGAUCACAUAGUGUUUAGAAGCAUACCAUACCAAGAGUUUCUUGGCCAAGGCUGGAUGAAACCAGAUAAAUCUGAGAGGACACCAUAUAUAAUGAAAACUAGCCAACAUUUUAAUGAUAUGAGUAACCUUAUUGCCUCAGAAAUCAUGAAACAUCCUGAUGUGCCAUCCAGAGCUAGCUCGAUUGAGAAGUGGGUGGUGGUAGCGGAUAUAUGCCGUUGUAUGCACAAUUACAAUGGAGUGCUGGAAAUCACAUCAGCCUUGAACAGAAGUGCUGUCUACAGACUCAAGAAAACCUGGGCUAAAGUUUCUAAACAGACAAAGGCACUAAUGGAUAAGCUGCAAAAGACUGUGUCGUCUGAAGGAAGAUUUAAAAAUCUUAGAGAAACCCUCAAAAACUGUAACCCACCUUCAGUGCCCUACCUUGGAAUGUAUUUGACCGACCUUGCAUUUAUAGAAGAGGGUACCCCAAACUUCACUGAGGAAGGCCUUGUCAAUUUUUCCAAAAUGCGAAUGAUAUCGCAUAUAAUUCGAGAAAUACGCCAAUUCCAGCAGACCCCUUACCGCAUAGAGCACCAGCCUAAGGUCACUCAGUUUCUUCUGAACAAGUCUCGCGUUCUGGAUGAAGAUAAUCUAUAUGAAUUGUCCUUGAGGAUUGAACCACGUCUCCCAGCAUGAAGAGUAUUAAAGUGUGUGUUCCCUGUGCAAUGCUGCUUUCACUUCACAAUGGUAACCUGACACACUGUGAUCAGCAGAGCUUGAGAAGAGCAGGGGGUGAAGCUCAACCUUCAGUGGAAAGUGUCUGCCGCUCGGCACCCUAUUCCAUUUUGAAUCCAUGCAGGACGAAAGGAAUGAGCAUAAAGCCUGUGGACCUUGACUCCGUGCCCAUAGGGAACAACUGGCAGAACAUCAUCGUCGCCACGCUGUGACAGGUUAAGCAGCAAUAUGUGACUUUGAUGUGGUUUUAAAAAAACAUUCUGUAUGGGAAUAAAGGAACAUUGCUUGCUUGUGCUCUAUGGACAAGUACCAGGAUGAGGUUGGGGCCAGAGCUGGUUAGAAUCAUGUCAUGUAUUUUUGACUUUCACAAAACUUUCCUUUUUAUAGGGAAGACCUGAUACCACCAUCAUGAAACUACAAGGAAACAUGUUUUCCUAGUUCACCAUUUAAACUGUAUCUUGUGCUUGGCCAUUCAUUCUUAUUAAUGGCACUGUGCCGUGCAGGAGCCGGCUGGGGAAGGAAAUCAAUUGAUUUUGUCAGAUUUCUAUGUCCCUUUUUCUUCUCAUGUCUCUGAUUUUUUUUCAUUUUAAUAUUUUGGUCAGGAUCACACUUAUUUCACUAAUAUUUCUCUGUUCUACACAGAAAGCUGCCCUUGUUUUAUGUCUUAUGUGUGUGCCUUUAUAAUCCAGUCUUGAAAUAUGUCAGUUAACCUUUAGCUUGCAGCUUUACUCUUAUUUCCAGCAAUUUUCUGCCUCUUUUACUACUUGCAACCCACUGCUUUUAGAACCUCGACUGCAACUUCAGCCUUUAUUAAUAACUGAAAAUCACAAAUUCUCCCUUUCCAUCAAGAAGAUUCAAUCAUUACGUCCCUUUUACUCUGGUCAGUCGCACUGCAGUGUGUGUGUGUGAAACGGAACACUAGAGAAAUGGGACACAACAGUGGGAUAUUUGCUGCUCGGGCUCGAUACAAAACAUACUGUUACACGAUUGCUGUGUUUAAAAGCUGAAGUUUCCAAAGUAACUAAAGAUUGUUGAUGCUAUGCCUACAUACACCAUGCUUUAUCAGUGUCCCUUCCUUACUCCUGAUACAUUGUGAUGGAUUGCAUGCCCUGUGAUGGAUGCGGAUGAAAUCUACAGUAAACAUCAAGAUAAAAAAUACUGUGGAUAAUCCAGAUGCUUUGCAUGGCGAGUGCAUGACUUCUACAGGAAUUCCAUAUAUGGUCCCAUAAAUAAUGUAUGUAUUAACGAGCACUGUCUAAUAGUUUUUAACUGAUAUAAAAGUUGUGUGUGUGUUUAAGGAACAAGUAGAUCCCUGUAGCUUUUGUAAAGCAAGAGUCCCACAAAUCCCAUAAAUAUGAGUGCUCCCCUUCUCUUUCUUAUUACAUGGCACAAGCCACAUAGCACUGUAAGCAGCUUAGGGAUAAUUGAUUUCAGUAAAAUGAUUCAUUAUCAAAUGUGAAAUGAAUUCUGCUUUCGUUAACUUUACCUUAAAGGGGUGGUUCACCUUUUAGCAUGUUAUAGAAUGGCUAAUUCUAAGCAACUUUUUAAUUGGUCUUCAUUUCUUUCUUUUUUUAAAUAUUCGCUUUCUUCUUCUUCUGACUCCAGCUUUCAAAAAGGGGUCACGGAACCCAUCUAAAAACAAAUGCUCUGUAAGGCUGGCCAUAGACAUGCAGAUUCUAGCCUCAUAUGGUAUGAACGAUCGUACGGCACAACCGUCUGACCUUCCACUAACCAUUCAGAUUAAAUACAGUAGUAAAAGUACAAAUCACACGAUGUUCUGGCCAUGACAGCAAUUGUAUGAAAGUUAUGUCCCUGAAAUAGUAGUGACCCAUUGAUAUUAUCAGAUAUAUGCAGCGAUAUUAUCAUUACCCGACAGAAAUCUUCUAACCUGUCCAACUGACUAAACGAUUGAUCAGGAUGAUCAACACAAGGUCCGAAAAUCGUAGGAAAGAAAUUUUCUUUGCAUCUAUGGCCAGCUUAAGUCUACAAAUAUAUUGUUAUUGAAACUUUUUAUUACUGAGCUUUCUAUUAAG